GUGUCAGCUUUCUUCUCCGGAGGUUCCAUCAUCACUGUCCUGUAAAAUGACCGACAAGAUUCAACCAACGGCGAGCUCUACCAAGGCAGUGAAACAUGCCUUAGAUACAGCCUUUUCUAAAUUCACUAAUGCCACUAUCAAAAAACGAAAAGUGAUGGUCGAAAUGCAGAUUAACCAGUAUUUAGCUUCGGGUUUAGAGGAUUCGCUAUUCGGUAAACUCACUGAAGAGGUCAUGUUCUACGUUCUUCACCGUCUCUCACUUAAUGAUUUAAGUCAAAUGUCGAUGGCAUCAAAGGCACUAGGCAAAGUUAUCUAUGCUUACGUUACGGAGGAGCAAUUUGCCAUGAGAGUCGCUCGCCUGUUGAUAAAAAUUCCUAUUUCAAGUGUGCUGCUACUUGAACAGAGCCAACAUGUCGGACGACUACUUAAGCGAGUUAGUUUUCUUUUCACGGUCGAAUUUAGGCUAAAAUUCUUCCACGAACUUAUGCAAAAGGUUCAACGUUUGGUUGAGAAAGAAUCCGCCAAUUCAUUCCCAAUUGAUACACUCCCCUUUGUUGGCGCUGUGUUGCAGUCGUUCAUUGCUGGAUGGGAUGAGGGCGAAUGCCUCAAGGUUUUUACAUACAUGAGCGAUUGCCUGUUUCUUUAUCGUUCGAUUUCACGCUUUGUGUGUGAUGCGCCUGGCACAGACUUGGAGAACGAGCUUUUUUUACGCCGAAACCUUCGUUACCUGUUUCUAGAUAGGUGCGUUACUGACUACGAUCGCGCUAUUUGGAUUGGUUUCAUUUCCAACCAGAUUGGCACCGCGCAACUGGCCAAGGUCCUUCUUCUCCUCUACGGCCCCAUUAACGUCCACGGCCAAAUCGACUGGAAUUUCGCCUUUAACGUCCGUGCGUUUCAGCAACAUACCAAUGUGUUUUUCAAAUUAGCGAAAACCAUAGGCAUCCUACACUUGAUCCCAAAUUGGUCUCCGUUUCUCUCCCUGGAAGUCCUCGUCUACAUUUCAAAUGUGCCCAACUGUUGGUUACUGCGGUCUUUCUCAUCCGUGCUGCUACCUCUUAGUUCCAUCGACAUGAAUUUGGUCGUCAAAUAUUUUGACAUUCUUUACAAAAGUGGUCGGGCCUCAACAGCGUCACUUCUGAUGGCAUUGGCUCUCAUGAUAUCUCCCCAGUUCAUUGGCCACAACUUUAGGAACGAGAUCGUCGUUGAUCGGUCCUGCGUCCACCAGCUUAUCUCCAACAUCAUCAACGCUCCACGAUUGACGCCCGAACGUUACGUCGUCGUCAAGAAACUCUGGGGCGCGGUGCUCACUCUAGCUGAUGAUUUCGCCGAGACUGCCGUUCAAGAUGAAGUUCACGGGGGAAAUAAUAUCGACACAAUCGACGAUUUCCACGAUCUAAUGGACGCCUGGAAAGAUUUAAGCAUUAUACUGAUGUCCGUCUGAUCCCUACCUUAUAUUUUCACGUCGAAGUGCCAUCAUAGUUCAA